AUGGCUCGCACCAAAGGGCUGCUGGACAGUCCUUCCAAGCAGCUGAUGCAGGACCUCAUCAGAGACCUCGAGCAAGUGCGUCUACAUAAUUCGGAGCUCAAGAGGGUUAAACAGUACGAGCGACGAUCAUUCUACGAACGCCUCGACCAAAUUGAUCGCGAGAGGGAAGAAGUCCACAAUGCAGCUUUGAGUGCCGCCGCCGCUAAACGGGACCAGUUACGACGAGAGGCGGAGGAAACAUUACACCAGCAUCUACGAGCCGCCGAAGAAGAGCGUAGACGCAAAGAAGAGGAGGAGCGGAGGAGGAAAGAAAAAAUUGAACGUGAGAAAGCUGAAAAGGAGCGUCGUGAACGGGAAGAGGCCGCUCGACGGGAGGCUGAGAGGAAAGCGAGGGAAGAGCAGAGGAGACGACAGGCCGAAGAAACUGAACGCAUUCGGAAAGCUAAGGAAGAAGCGGAGAAGAAAGCCCGUGAGGAACGUGAGGAACGUGAGCGUCUGGAACAAGAGAAGAAGAAACAGGAGGAAGAGAGGCUGAAGGUACAGAAGGAGCAGGAGAAAAAGGUCGCAGAGCAAAAGAGACCGGAAAUUCGAGAAUUUCUCGGUGAAACCCGGCGCACACCGCAAGAGGUGACUGAGCACAAACGAUACCUCGAAUUACACAAACACCUUAAGCAGUUCAGAAAGUACAUGGUCGACGAGACCAAGAAGAACCCGGUUCUUAAGCAGCAUAUGGGAGACAUGCGCCGAACAAUCAAAAAAUGUGUCGGCCAGCUGUUAACCAACGAUACAGCGGCCAACAGAACUCCAACCAACGAGAUUGUCACCAUCCUCAAGAAAGCUUCGGCCCUACAAGAACCCUCCAUCGACAUUCGCCAAUUUAUCGCCUUCCCACCACCUCACGUUGUGAACGAAGAGAGCAAGGUUCCCGCGCUACUAAUAUACCUUCUCAAUAUAUUUGCUAAGGCAAUAAUAGCCCAACUAGUGGCCGAAGCUGGCGUAACGCCGAAAUGUGCCGGUCCCCUUGGAGUCCUCACUGCCCAAGUCUUUUCUAUGGACGCAUUCGUCUACAAAGGUUGCUCCAUGAUCGACAUCCUGCUCGCGAAGUAUCACGUCGUAUGCCCCGUCCUCUGGGGCUUCUACGGCAGCGAAUCCACCCAGACAGGUAAAACAGCACUAGGUUGGUGGCGAGACGAACCAGACGGGCCUUUCGUCUCCCGACAGGUCCACGAGGAACGCAUGAUCGGCCUCGGAGCCGGAUUCGCAGCGAUAUCCCUCCGAGACUUUUCCAAAACUUCUCGCCAAAACCCGCUACCGAACACACACUUUUGGAAAGCACUUUCAAUCAUUGUUAACGUUCCUCCAGAGGAAAUUCAGGAUACCCAUCUGACGGUGUUAGGUGCGAUGUUGAAGUUUUCUGCGCAGAGGGUUGUUGGAUUUUGGGGUGAUUUGGGUCUUUUGGCAUUGAGACAUGCAAUCGUGACGUUCCCGUCAUCGCUCUCGAAAAAGUCGAGCGCAAGGUCGUCGGUGGAGAUCUUGAGAGACCUCUACGCGCGAGAACAUUGCAUUCUUAUUUGAAAGAUUGAAGCUAACUAAGUUGCGGCAAUCUAUUCCAGCUACCUACCACAUUAUUUGAAAUGUGAUACCCUUGGAAACGGGCCGACGAAUGAGUCUGGGCUGGCCUGUGGUAUGAAUAGUUUUUGUGUACGAUCCAUCUAUGGCAUCUGACGGCCUUCGAUUUGGGUAAUGUAAGAAAAAUCGGCUGGAUUGGGAGAUCCGCGAAUGGCGCUAAUGUGCAUCGCCCUAUGUGACGUUGCCAAAGCUGCACGUAUGGAUAUUACGAUACAUUAUUCCCAAAGCAUAUAAACGAAAUCUAGAUAGUAUCGCAUCAGGGAAAUACUUGUUGA